GAUAUUUUUAACGUUAUUAUAUGAUGGAUUUUGAUAGCGCUUAUAUAGAUCCCUUAAUAGACGGUUGGUUAGAACAACUUCAUGAAGCUAUAAAAGAACAAGAAAAUAUGGUUAGAGCUGAAGAUGAAUUUUAUAUGCCAUUCGUAGGGAUUCCAGCAUCUGUUAUAAAUGCUAUUUUCAAAAUAACAUGUCACCUAGAACUAGGAACAGAUACUAAAUAUUUAACAAUUCAUUUAUAUGAUAAAUUUAUGUGCAACUAUUUUUGGGAAGUAUAUAAAACAGAAAAUAAAAGUGAGACAACUGAAGCUUCAUGGUCUAAAAUAUGUCAAACUAUUUCUCAUAAAUCCAAGCUAUAUCUUGUAUCUUGUCUUCAGUUAGCUAGUAAAAUGGAUUUACAUUCUAAAAGUUUAAGUAUAUCACAGUUAAUAUGUAUUUUACGUUGGAUUGAUAAAAAAAAGGAAUAUACAAAUAAUAUACUUAUUACUUCGGAAUUUAAAGUAUUUCAAACUAUAGGAUUUAAAAUGCCUUUCUGUACUCCAUUACAAUGUAUUGAAGUCCUUUUAGCUGCGACAGGACUUAGGCAUACAUCGAAUAUAUAUGAAACUUCUAUAGAGUUAUUGGAUUUAGCAUAUUUACAGUUCACUGCUUAUGCAAAAUAUAGUAGACCAAAAUCUGAUGGUAGAAGAAUCUCUUUAUCACAAAGCGAUAAAUGGAUGAGACAAGCACAAAUAUUUGAUGAUAAAGUUACCCAAGCUGAUACGGCAUUAGCUUUUAAUAAUCUACAUCGAGAAACACUUCCUAUAGAAGAAUAUAAAAAAUUCAUAGAUGAUUUUGCUGAAGCAAAACGUUUGGAUUCUUCUGUAAUCCGAGAUAAAAUGACAAAAUGUGGUCCUCCAAUUGAAGAGCGAUCGAGAAUAGAAUCGGUUAUUUUGAAAAAUGUAGAAGAUCCGUCCGAAUAUAUUUAACUUAUGAAAAGAAGAAAAUGGAUAAAUAAACGGAGCAUAAUUGAUACUAUUAAGAAGACUAUGAUAACAAAAUAUAUAUAAUUUAAUGAUUGCUAUUCAUGAAAAAUUGAAAAGAAAAUCAA